AUGAGAUUCUGGAGCAAGCUCACGCUGGCUACCCUGCUCAUUGGCAGUCGAGCAGCCGACAUCGACACCCAGUUCUGGGUCGAGAAAGCCACUGGAGUGGUAACACGCUCCCUGAAGAAUGGUAACCUGGGCGGGACCUGCGACCCAUAUCUGGACGUGCUGAACGAUCUGUACCUUGAGGCAAUCGACAUGGCAGAAGUCGCUCUAGAGGCCUUGGACAAUUAUGCCAGCAACCCAACCGUCCGAGCGACGCUGGAAACGUACAUGGGCAUCAAACCAGACGGCACUGGCGUCUCAGCGGCCCAUACUUCCCAGUUCAAUGAUAUCAAAGCUGCUUAUCAGAAAGUGGUUGAUUUUAGCACCUCCGAAUAUGAAAAUAAUCGUCAGCCCGCCUUCUUUUGCGAUGAAAAGUGGCGGUGGAAGACAACCAUGGAAUAUGACAGGGGCAAAGCAACUGGGCGGACUCUCUUUGUAGCAUCCAACAUAACGGACAAGAAGGUCAUCGUCGAUGACAAACCAGUCACGGCCUAUUUCCCAACCCUUGUGGCGGAACUUGCAAAGACGAGUGUUGACGAUGCCAUCAAGAACGCGGACAGCUUCGCGUGGUUUGCGACGGCCAUGUAUCUGCCUGCAAUGGAUUGGUCUCGACAAAUUGGCGGUCGUUACAGGAGCAGCGCCAUCUCCUCUCGCUCGAUCGGUAGGAAUACCAGCUCAUACCUAGCCGAAGGCAACGGUCUGCAGCGCCGAACCUACUUUACGAAUCCAACUUUCCCGGAUGUGGAAGAUGACGAAGAUGCAAUGUCUGACUACUCGCUUUGA